GCUUCUAUGCUGCUGCUUCUCUAUCUCUUGCCACCCUCAGCUGGACGGAAGAGGACCAAAAUAAGUCCAAGUGAUGCAGUGGACAAAAUGGUGCACUUUCACAAGUCAUGCUGCAGCAUCAAUGAAUAUAUGCAGGAAAGAGAGGGUAAACAACCAUACAUCCUUGCAGUUGGCCGAACCCAGAAGACGAUUGAUGCCUUCUACAUCGCCGUUGACAAACAGCUCAUCCUCUGCCAAGCCACCAGCUCAUUGGGUGCUUUUGAUGAACUGUUUAAAUCCCACUACGUCUUUAACUUAUCUUAUGAUGAGUCCCUGGUCCAUUUCUACACUUUUUUGCAGACAACGGUCUACAACAUUGAUGUUACCACAACAGAUGAGUCUCCAAGAGUUUGUGAGUUACGGCAAAACUUUUGAAUAACAUAUGAUUAUGUUUAAAUGUUUCAUUUGUCAAGCAGUGCAUGCUACCAGCCAGUGCCUAAUAACUCAUUUGCGAAUCGGACACAGUUUCUAUCCAAGCACCAGGUUUAAGUUAAUUUGUGCACAAGAUGAUUGUAGGCGUCAGUUUUCAACAUUUGCAGGUUUAAAAAAACAUUUAGUGUGUGUUCAUAAGAGUUGUCAAAGUGGUGAUGCAGAAACCUCAGAGUCAUUUCAGGCUGAUUUUCACAUUUUACAAAAUGGUACAGAAGUUGCAGGAACAAGUGUCGUGCAGAGCCCUGAUGCUGGGUAUUUUGAGAACAAUGGAUCAGGCCAAAAUAUCACAAACACAAAACAUAUCUGUGCUACAAUUGUUGCCAAACUCCAUGGUAGUGGUAUGGCAAAUAGUGUAGUUUCAUCAAUUAUUAGUGAUUUGGAAGAACUUGCUGGUGGACUGCACUCCCAAGUUCAGCAUGAAAUACUGUCCGCUGUGCCAAAAGAUAAUCCUGUAAGAUCUACAUUGGAAAAGGGUUUUGAGAAUUUUGAAAACCCAUUUGUGAGUUUUAAUACUGAAACUAAAAGAAUGAAGUAUUUCAACAAGAAAUGGGGGAUUGUGGAGCCAGUGCAAAAAAAUUUAGGAGUUCGAUUUGAUACAAGGCGAAAUAAAAAUACAGGUACUUAUGAUCAGGUCCCAGUAAAAGACACUUUUGUUUACAUUCCAAUUUUGGAAACUAUUAAAUUUAUCUGUCGCAAUUCUUAUAUUUGUGAACUACUUUCAAAACCAUGUGAAUCAAAAGAGAGAUAUGAAGACUUUUGUGAUGGAAGUUAUUUUAAGUCACAUCCAUUGUUCUCAAAAACACACACUUCUUUACAAAUUCAGCUUUACUAUGAUGACUUUGAGACUGCUAACCCACUGGGUUCAAAGCGUGGUGUUCACAAAGUUGGUGCUCUCUAUUUUGUCCUCCGAAAUCUUCCUCCAAAGUUAAACUCUGUAUUGAUGAACAUCCAUUUGGUUGCAUUGUUUCACGCAGAAGAUCUGAAAAAAUAUGGCUUUGAUCCUAUUUUACAGCCUCUGAUUGAUGACAUCAAAAUAUUGGAGAGUCAUGGCAUUGAUUUGCCUUUCUCAUCUGAAAAGGUCUAUGGCACUAUAUGUCAGAUAACUGGGGACAACUUGGGGAUGCAUGGAAUAAUGGGUUUUGCAGAGUCUUUCAGUGGACGUCACUUCUGUCGUUUGUGUUUGAUUUGAAAAAGAUGAUGCUCAGAAUGUUUACAAAGAGGAUGACCCAAAGAUAAUCUUGCGUGGAAAAGAGCUUUUUGAAAUGCACUGCAGUGAGUUGCAAUCAGAUCCACAAAAGCUGUGUGUGUUUGGUCUAAAGAAGAAUUCAACUCUUAACAGCCUACAGUACUUUCAUGUUUGCUACAACUUUUCUUUGGACAUAAUGCAUGACAUACUUGAAGGGGUGGCUCAGUAUGAGAUUAAGUUACUGUUUGAAUAUCUCUCUGAAAAUGUUUUGGCAAAACCUGUUCUUUUGUCACGAAUCUAUGCUUUUGACUAUGGCUACUUGGAGCGCAAAAAUCGCCCGACAAGGGUCAACUUGGACAGUAUAGGCAAUAAUAUAGGACUCAACUCUAUUCAGACUCUUUGUCUGGUAAGAAACAUUCCUUUGAUUUUUGGUGACAUUGUGCCGGAAGGAAACCAGAAUUGGACGUUGCUGUUGCUCUUACUGCAGAUAAUUAACAUCAUAUUCUCUCCAUCUGUUACACUAGGCAUGACUGUGCAUUUGAAGCAUUUAAUAAUGGAACAUCAUGACUUGUUCAAACACUUGUAUCCAAGUAGGAACCUGAUUCCUAAACAUCAUUUUAUGUUACAUUACCCGUCUUGUAUUCGAAAAAUUGGACCAUUAAUACAUAUGUGGAGUAUGAGAUUUGAGGCAAAACACAGGGUUUUCAAGAGCACACUUAAAAACUUCAAGAACAUCACAGUAUCACUUGCCAAAAAACAUCAAAUGUCCAUAGCAUCCAAUUGGGAAACCUCUCCUUUGAACCAUGUUGAGUACGGACCUUUGAAAACAUUUAAUGUGGACAAUGAGGAAAAUGGUGAAAUGUUUGCCCAAGCUCUGCCCGCUGAAGCAAAAGACAUCUUCUCUACUAACUGGGUAAAGAUCAGUGGGGUAGAGUACAGAGCCGGGUUAGUCAUUUGCAGUGGCAUAGAACAGGAAAUGCCUGUGUUUUGCAGAAUAAAAAAAAUGCUUUUAGUCAACAGUGUGAUCUACUUCAUCGUGAACAAGCUUAUGGUUGACCAUUUCAGUGAGCACUUUCAUGCCUACAACGUGUUUGAAAGUGAUGAAAAAGAUGUGAUGAAAGCGGACUGUCUUCAAAUUUAUAAGCCUUUUGACUUACAAAGUGCUUAUGGUGAAGAUGAUAGCCUUUAUAUUGUACCAUUAUUUUCUCUGUAAAUGUGCAUAGAGUUCAGUUGUA